UGUGAAAACCAGUUCAUGUUUUUCUUUCAGUAGAUCCUCUGUAUUUGCAUAUUAUACACAUGGUUGGGGUCGUGCUUCCUUAUCGCACGUGCAUAUUUUUGGCAACAAUGAGUUGGUACAAUUUUAAUAUCUUCACUGUUGAUAAAAUCCCAAUUUAUUCAAAAAGUACCACCUUGUCAUCUAGCACAGCACUAUGAUGUGGUAUUAUUAAAAGUGCCGUUUAUCAUUUUUUUAAGUACGGUGGACGAAAUGAAAUUAAUUAGUUAUGAUCAGAAGAUUAAGUUUAUUCAAGAUCAAACUUUGAAGAGUAUUUUUUUUUAAGAUACGUCAAAAAGCAACAUGCAACACGAUAGAACGAUAAUGACCAGUUUGAGACCGGUCGAUCGCCACCUCAUUUAUUUGUAUUAGUUUAUUAAUUUGUGGGAAAUUCAGUAGCUUUUCGAGCGUUUGCUGGGACGGUCGAGAAAUUUGUUAGUGUAAUUUAAAGUCAGUCAUUUCUUCAGUUGAAUUUUAAAAUUACCAUGAUAUUGCAAAAAGUCUUCAAUUGCAUUGCUUUAUUCAGUUUUUUGUUGAUGGUAAGAAAAUCAGCAGCUGCUGAUGAGGAACAGUUAGAUGGAGGUCGGUUUCAAAACAUUAGAAAUGUUGAGUUCGACUGGAUUCUUACGAAGCAAGUAUUUGCAGAAAAGUCCAACGCAGUGAUUUCACCGUUUCUUGUAAAAUUGAUGCUAGUUCUUUUGUACGAAGCUACCGGAGUUGGGGAGAUUUCCGGUGCGAACCCACUCAGCACAGAGCUGCGACUAGUGCUGGAACCAAAUGGAGAUCUUCAGGAUACCCGAACUAACUAUCAACAGCUGCUGGAGUCAGUUUUGAAAUCGGACAGCAUGUACGAUGUUCGCUUGGACACCAAAUUCUUCUUGGAUGACUUUAUUGACGUAGCCUCAAAGUACGAACUCAUCGUGGAGCACUUUUACAAUGCUUCUGCAGAGAAUGUGCCCUUUUCGAAACCACGGGAGGCUGUUGAGGUGAUCAACGAUUGGGCUAACUCCGUUACGCAGGGACGUAUCAAUAAGCUGGUUAGUGAAGCUGACAUCACCAACUCAGUUAUCGCGUUGGCCAGCAUUGCUUCCUUCAAAGGACAGUGGAAAUCCCCAUUUCCAGCAAGUAAUACAAGGCAGGGUAUUUUCAACGGGGUUCAAGUAGAUUACAUGCAACAGAUCGAUCUGCUGUAUUACGAUGAUUCGACCACGCUGGGAGCUCAGCUGCUUCGGAUGCCAUACCAGGGUGGGAAGUUCGCCAUGUUCUUUAUGCUACCUCACCAGAAUCAAACCGUUGAUGAUGUACUGAGUCGAAUUACGCCGCAAGUUCUGCACCAAGCGCUGUGGUACAUGGACGAGCUGGACGUCAACGUUACCAUUCCCAAGUUUAAGUUCGACUUCUCUGUACAGCUUAGUGAAUCUUUACAGAAGAUUGGAAUCCGAGAAAUUUUCUCUAUGGACAGAUCCUUACCCUUACUGGCACGUGGAAAAGGGGCAAGAGAUCAGGUUAGAAUAUCUCAGGUAUUGCAGAAGGUUGGAAUCACUGUUGACGAGACGGGAAGCGAUGCCAGUGUGGCUGGAGGCAUUACUUUGACCAACAAAGUCAACACUGUUCCAGAUGGUUUGCAACUGUUCAAUGCCAAUCGACCUUUUGCGUUUUUCAUCGAGGACGAGGCAACUGGUUUGUGCUUAUUUGCUGGCAAAGUUGAGAACCCAACACAAUUGUAAAGAGCAUUAAAUCCAAACUAAACCCAAACAAUUUGCCAACAGCAUUAAAUUUGAAUUAAUAACCAUAUCUGAAUGCCCUUUAACUCAAAAUCACAAGUCACGACUCAGACUCAAAAUCAACACCGACGAUUAGAUUUAUUGCUCUUAUCACGUCUGCAGGCUUGUUGUGGAGCCAGCAUCAUUCAGUCCGUCCAGUCAUUGUUCACAAUGUGUUGCUCUGAACUAUGAUCCCGGCGGGUUCAUCUGCUGGACAUGAUGAGCAAGCCUCCACAAGAGCGACUAGACGACAAUCAGUCGUUUGGGGAGGCAUUAGCGCGUGACGGACAGUGCCGUUCAAAUGAGUUGAGAUUAGGCUGUUAAUUUACGGAAGUUGAAAACUAGUUUGGAAGUGAGACAAAAUGUGACUUUUUCUUAAAUGUCAUAUAAAAAAACCAUACAAAAUUCAAUAAAAGCAUCCUUGCCUCUUCUGGCUCCACACCACCGGUUCGUAUGGGCUUCAUGGGAAGUAGAAAUAACAAUCAGGCUAACGAUGAUAAUCAC